AUUUUUUUCGACCUCGUGUAAAAGCUAGAAAUUUUUUGCGUCCCACCCACCAAACUUGUAAAGGCUUUGAAUUUAUGGUUCCAAAUCACCAGAAUCUCUCUGAAAAAUAUGCCUGAAUGCGAAACAGAACACACAGACUUCAACGAGAUCGAUGUUCACAGAAAAAAGUCACGCUUUAACGCGGGAAAAGUUUGGAGUUCGCCKAGUCCUGGCAGUCGUACUCUAGAACUUGAAGGUGUUAUUCAGGUCUUAAAAGAAUACGAUUCCAUCGAAGGCAAUGACAUUAACUGCUGUAUUUGUGGUAAACUCUAUAAAAGUAAAGUGUGUUUUACCAAGCAUCUAUGGGAGCAUAGCAUCUAUUGGGAUACUUUUGACGGCGUCAAGAAUCAAGAGCGAGUCCUAUCUAUUCAAGCAGCGAUUAUUCUGUCACAGCCGUAUUUAGAGUUCUUGCUUGUAACGUCGCCGUCGUCAAAUGAAAAGCGAAAAGAGGAUGUUGUCAAAAAUAGUGGGCCGAAAAAGAUGGCGUCGAGAAAGAGAAGUCGAGGAUCAGAGUCUUCUGUAGAUUUAUAGCUUUUUCUUAGUGUGGUAAAUAGUAUAUUAUUGAGUAGUUACUAUAAAAUGUACAUGUACGCAUAUAAAUAUAUAUACAUAUUAUAUAUACAUAUAUUAUCAUGCCUCUUGUGUAUAUUACACAGCGCGUUAUGGUAUGUCAUUUGACAGCACGAUAAUUAUACCAAUAUAUCAGUUAAAAAAAGACGUAAUUUUUGACAUUGUAUGAAAAAUAAUAAUAAAUUGAUGUUAGAAUUGUUAUGUUUCGAUUGAAGCAACGUUUAGUAAAAAAAAACUUGUACAAUAGUAAGAUAUAUAUUGUAAAUGAGGUUUCAUUUGUAAAUCAUUAUUUUGAAGUCCAGAAUAUAGGACUUUUUGACCUAAAAGAGGACGUGUAAUAAAAUAUGUUUGAAAGAAUUA